GUGGUAAUAGAUGCUGAGGAGAGCUGCAUUUUCUCCUGUGCCCGGGAGGGAGGGAUAGUUAUUGCGAGCACACACACAUUGGGCCGACAACAUCAGCGCUGUGCAGCGGAUCCUCUGUCCCGUUCCGAGGCUGCAGCUGCCGGCAUAGGGUGGCUGCCGUCUCCGGGUUGCUGUGGAUGUUGGGGGCAGACAUUGUGCCGAGUCAAUGAAUCAGAUCCGGCAGCGUCGUUGGGAUGAAGAACCUCAGGCAGGCUGCAUCAGAGACUCUGACUCGGUUAGGUCUGACACACCGGCAUCCUGGAUAUAAAGAGCUGACUGAGGUCGCUGAGUCGCCAAGAAGUCCGUUUGUCUGCGAGCCCCGCCUGUACCACACGCUGCAGGCCCGGAAACCCACUGGGCACAGGAACCGCAGCAACAGCAUUCCGAUAGGGUGCAAGAACUACACACAGGGUCACCAAUGGCGAAGUGGCCUACGAUUUGGAACAGCAGCCUCCUACCUAAACCUAGAAAAACUGGGGGAAGGAUCUUAUUCCACGGUGUACAAGGGGAUCAGCAGGAUAAAUGGCAAUCUUGUCGCCUUGAAGGUGAUUAAGAUGCAGGAAGAAGAAGGAGUUCCUUUUACUGCAAUCCGUGAGGCAUCCCUUCUGAAGGGCUUGAAGCACAGCAAUAUUGUGCUCCUGCAUGACAUUAUCCACACACAGGAGAAUCUGACCUUCGUCUUUGAAUAUGUGCAAACAGACCUUGCCCAGUACAUGACCCAGCAUCCAGGAGGGCUACACACACACAAUGUUAAGCUCUUUCUCUUUCAGCUGCUGCGCGGCCUGGCAUACAUCCAUCGCUGCCACAUCCUGCACCGCGACCUCAAACCACAGAACCUGCUCAUCAGCUGCGUUGGAGAACUCAAGCUUGCGGAUUUUGGAUUGGCGAGAGCAAAGUCUGUGCCCAGUCAGACAUAUUCCUCACAGGUGGUGACCCUGUGGUACCGUCCUCCAGAUGUUCUUCUAGGGGCCACAGAUUAUUCCACCGGCCUGGAUGUAUGGGGCGCUGGCUGUAUAUUCGUUGAGAUGAUAGAAGGUUCUCCGGCUUUCCCUGGUGUGUCUGAUAUCACGGAGCAGCUCCAGAGAAUCUGGGCAGUCUUGGGUGUUCCCACAGAGGAGAGUUGGCCUGGAGUCACAGCCCUCCCAAACUACAGAACAGAGCACUUUUUACCACACCCACCUCAGAAACUUGGCCACAUUUGGAAAAGAUUGGGUCUGGUUCCACGAGCAGAGAGCCUAACUUCGCAGCUCCUCCAGUGCUAUCCACGGGACAGGAGUUCUGCAGAGGAUGCCCUUGCACACCAGUACUUCAGCACUCUGCCCCCUGCGCUGUUCCAGCUCCCUGACAUGGCUUCCAUCUUUAGUGUAGCUGGAGUUCGGUUAGAGCCUGAAGCGCGGAAUGCUUUCCACCCCUUUCGAAAGGACAAGUGCACAUCAAUUCUUGCCUGAUGUGGAAAAUGAAAGGUCCAGAUUGAUUUUUUUGUGUGAGAUAUCUACAUUCCACCAUGCAGACCAUCAAGAGACUGAAGAUCCCCUGUAUCCUGGCCUCAUCCUCCUCAGCUCAUAGUGGACUGACUUCUACGCUGCGUUGCCAGGAAGUGUUUGAUGGGACAGUAUAGAAAGAGCUUUACUGUGGAUCAAACCUGUGCUAAAUUUGCACUGUUUAAUGGGACAAUAUAAAGCAGCGGGGAGGGGUGGGGUGUUUCAUUUCUGCCCCAGGAGUGUUUGAUGGGACGCUGUAAAGGAACUUCAUUAUACAUCCAAUGUAGGUCAAUCCAUCCUGGAAAUGCUUGAAGGGACAAUGCAAAGGGUGGUUCACUCUGUUACCUUACUCUUGUGCCUGUCCUGUGAAUGUUUGAUGGGACUGUGUAAAGGCAGGUAAAGUCUGUACCUGACCCAUCCUGUGCCUACCCUGGGAAUGCUUGAUAUAACAAUGUAGAGGGAGCUUUACUCUGUACCUAACUUGUGCACUACUGCCCUGAAUUUGAUAGGACAGUAAAAGGGUACUUGCUCCGUAUCUAACGUAUGCUGUACCCUGCACUAAGAAUGUUUGAUCGAACUGUGUAGAGGGUGCUUUAUUCUUUAUCUAAUCCAUGCUGUACCUGUUCUAUUGGUGUAGUGUUGAUUGGCAGAAAUUCAGAUGGUUGUCAUUUUUCACUCUGAAGAGCUGUUCCCUCUGAGGAGCUUGUGUCAUAAAUAUCAUUUUUAAAAAUGUAUUAAUUUUAUGGUCCAUAGAGCACGUGAAUGGCAGCUGUCGUUGUGCUUUGGUAGGAGAGAUGUCACCUUCAUAUAUGGGUCCAGUCUAUGGAGAUUAAAAUUGAGCUACAUGUC